UGGCAAAAUGUUGACAGGCAGAUAUUGAUUAUGUUACUGUUAUGUCUUCUUAAAUGAAUGUUUCUUUUCUUUUGUGUGUCUAGAUCAACCUGUCGGUGUAAGAUGGAGGAUGACUUCCCCUUUGACAUCUCCAACUACUCUUUCUUCGUCAACGAAACCUACAUACAGAGUCCGUAUUCCUGGGACGUCAUCAUAUACAACAUAGUGGUUCCUGUCAUCCAGUGUGCCAUAGGCAUUACAGGACUUAUAGGAAAUGGACUGAUUAUCUACGUCAUUAUCAAGUACUCAACCAUGAAAACUGUACCAAAUAUGUACGUCUUAAACCUGGCGGUGUCAGACUUUCUCUACUGUUUGACGUUCCCGAUUUGGGCAGCAGACUACAUCUUAAGAGUAUGGAUAUUCGGGCGGGCAAUGUGUAAGAUAGUCAGGUCAAUCUUCAACGUCAACACAUUUGCUAGCAUUUACUUCCUGACCGUGAUGAGCAUAGAGCGGUACUACGCCAUCUUACACCCCGUCCGAAACAUGCAGAACCGCUCGCUGAAGAAGGCGAAGAUGAUCGGAGGAUGUGUCUGGACGGUGGCGCUGAUGUGUUCCCUACCGUACAUCGUGUUCGCGGAGACCGACUACCUUGGGGGUAGUACCAUCUGCAUGUUCAAGUGGCCGGCUAACGUCCAGAACGAGGACUGGUGGCGAGGCGCUAACGCCGUCUACCUUACAGCAUUGGCGUUCCUCAUCCCUCUCUGCAUCAUGGUCCCCAACUACGUCCUCAUCUACCGUAAGCUGCGAAACACCGAUGUCAUCCCGCCGGAAAGCCGCCGGGCGCUGCGCUCUCGUCACCGCGUUACUCGCAUGGUCAUCGUGGUGGUGGUGAUCUUCGUCAUCAGCUGGUUGCCGCUGCACGUGGGCAACAUCAUCAGCUCCGUCUUCGGUUUCAACGUCAACGCCACCGUCUGGUACUUCCUGAACGUCAUCGCUGACGUCAACAGCUGCGUCAACCCCUUCCUAUACGCCCUGCUCGGACAGAACUUCCGGGCGAGCCUGAAGCGCACGCUGUGCGGGUCCAGCUGUUGCCCUGACAGUUGUCGGCAGGAGUCACGCAGAGGGAACAUCCGUGACAUGGCCAAUGUCCGGUCUGCCACUACAGCCAUAGAGAUGUCCACCCCACCCUCCGGACUAACAACUGUAUAGAGUGGCCGGCACGGUCACCACUGACCUUCCACGGAGACACCUGGCCGGCCGGGAUGAUGGGUUCUAAAACUUCCUGGUUACCAGGCUGGUAUCGAUACUAAUUGGUGAUAUGGUCUUUAUCAAUGACCACAUAAAAGUUAAAAAUUUGGUGUGGAGACAUAUUGAAAUAUUUCCUAGAUAAGGCUGAUAGAAGCCGUUAUUAUAUCAUUGAAGUCCGGUAUCCGUUUGUGUUCUAUAUUCAAAUAGCUAUGCUACCCCAUGGCCCACCCCAGUCCCCCAAAGUACUAGACAACCAAGAAAAUAUUAGAUUGUCCUUUUGAAUUACUGAAUUACUGACAUGUACUGUGCAAUAUCAUUAAUAGACACCUGGCUUUGUACGCUUGGUUUGCCGCUCAAUCUAAAAAGCAUUUCCAGUCUACCAGAAGGAAUUUCCGUCAACUUUUAAAGGAUAACGAUAUACAAAGUCACGUGUAUAUGCAGUGUUUGUAUGACCGCUAGUGAUCGUUAGGUAAACGAUUGCCAUUUCAACAUUUGUACAGAAUUAUAGCGUGAUGUUCUACUGGUAUGAAACCUAGAUCCAAUAUCUUUCUGGACAAAUAUGAUAGGUUUAUUGUUGAAUGGAAGCUCACCACAACAGUAAAUGUCUAUUUUGGUAAAUUCAUAUGCAAAAUAGUAAUCGUAAAUACUACGAAUCGUAAUCCUUAAUGCUUUUAACAUUACGUGUGCUGAUAUAUGGACAGUAAUAAUCAAAUGAUUUCUAUUUUCAUGCAGAGUAUGAGCGGAAUGAUUAAAGUAGAAAAUUGUCUAUUGUAAAAGAAAGAUGUUGUAAAAUCUGCAGAGUUAUGUUUGUGGUGAAAUAUGAGAUGAGAUGGUCUUUUUAAAGUGCAUUCCCUACACAGAGAGCGAUAGGAACCCGUGUUGAGAAUUACGUUCUUUUGGAUCAUACGAUGGGUCCUUGGUAUGUAACCAUCGAAUGUGUUCGCACUAGCACGGUGUCAAAUUUCGUUGACACAAUUUAGUGUCUACCAGACUCCAUAGUUGUUAGAAAAAUAGUUCAAAUUGGCUAUUAUAAAGCAGACUGAUAUGCCAAAUGAGUUAGCCAGCCAUACGAGGUCAAUUUGUGACUACUAUAUGAAAUCUCUACUAUUUUUCAGCAACCCACGGAGUCAGGUAGAGACUUGGAUGUCAACAACAAUACAAGGAAUAUCAAGGCUUUUUCUUGUUUAUUUUUGUUGUCACGAGCUCAAGGAAUGUAAAAUUUGUAUAUAUAUAUUCAUCAAGUAGAUCUAGAUUGUUUUCAUCAAAUGACUAAGAUCUAAUCAUCGCUCAAUGAUUUUCUUUGCGACACGUUGUAUCUUCAGCACCGCCUAGCGAUGCUAUGUUACAAUAUCACCAGGCAAGUAUUAUCGUUUGAUGUCACUGGCUAAAGGGUGGUCCGCUAACACUUCAUACGAAGUUAGAUAUAAUGACAGUUUGCGUAACU